CGUAUAUAUAUAAACAUAUGUAUAUAUGCUUACUUAUUAUAUGUAUUUAGUGCGAGCUACACUGCAUUCCGGUUUUGGAUUAAUCAACAAAUCGACGACGACGACAAGGCGAAGGCGAAGACAAGGGAGACGUGUGGUGCGACGUCAGAGACUAUUUUAAAUUCAAAACAAGACAAAAAUCCCAAUCGAAAACGGAAAAAUUCGCAUAAAUUAAACUGUUCUCACAUCAUACUCGAGUUGCGAAUCAAUGCCGAAAUAAGAGACAUAUCAAUAUCAAUUCCUAAAAUAUCUGAGACGAACACAAAGGAAUCUCAAGAUGAAUGUCAUAGAUCGUGUCUGCCGCCUUCUAGCUACAGCCCUCUUGCUCUGCUCCAUUUCCUGGGCUCAACAGCGUCUCCCACAGCUUUCCGUUGGCUUCGAUCUGCAGCCGCUGACGCCGGCGGCAGCUUUUCAGUCUCAGAGCGGUCAGGAAUACGCUCUGCGCUCCAACUUCGAUGAGGAGACGCUGCGCAGCGUGGCGCAGAGCUCACAGCAGUUUGGACUCGACUUCCUGAAUCGCAUCUCCGUGGUGGUGGCCAAACGUAACGUCGACUUUAUGGUAUCUCCCUUCUCGGUCUGGUCGCUGCUGAUACUGCUGUACGAGGGCGCUGGCGGACAGACUUAUGAGCAGCUGCGUAAGGCGCUGCGCAUCAAUGUGGACGACGAGAAGCUGCGCGCCGUCUACCGUGUGUGGAGCAGCUUUCUCAACACCAACAGCUCCGCGAUUGAGGUGGCCUCCCUUCAGGCCUUGUACACGGACUCAAAGACACCGGUUAAGAGCACUUACAGAGAGGUUUCGAAAUCAUAUGGUGUGCAGCCCGCGGAGGUGGAUUUCUACAAUCGCGAGACAAUAUUCCUAAUCAAUGAUGCCACAAAUCGCUCUACCCGUGGCCUCAUACCCUAUGCGGUGUUGCCUCAGGAGAUUUAUGGCGCCAAGAUGUUUAUGCUUUCGUCGCUGUAUUUCAAGGGCCAAUGGAAGUACCCUUUCAAUGUAAGUGCCACGCGUCCGGAGCCCUUCUAUAAUGAGCAGGGACAAGUCGUUGGGCAGGUGUCGAUGAUGUCGCAGGAGGGCAACUUUGCCUAUGUCACCAACGUUGAAGGCUUGGAUGGCUACGUACUGGAGCUGCCGUAUGGCGAGCAGAAUCGUCUCUCCAUGAUUGUUGUGUUACCAAAGCGGGGCUUCAAGCUCAACGAUGUAACCAAAAACCUAAUGGACUUGGGUCUAUCACCAAUCUUGAGGCGUCUGGAGAACUUUGCCCGCAAUGCGGACGAGGACAAUGUGGUGGAAGUUUUGCUGCCCAAGUUUACAACAACGACGGACUUUAACCUAAGGCAACUACUGCAAGAGAUGGGCAUCCAGGAUCUGUUUGAUCAGAGUCGCUCAAAUCUGAGUCGCAUGGCCGAUGGCCUGUUCGCCAAGCUCUGUGUGCAUGCCACUAAAAUCAUUGUGGACGAGAAGGGAACCACAGCAGCGGCUGUCACUUCGGCCGUGCUGAGCAACAAGUCAUCGCCGCCAAAGUUUUACUUAAACCGGCCCUUCCUCUACAUGAUUGUGGAUAAGUCAACCAAUUUGCUGCUCUUCGCUGGCCAAGUGAGAAAUCCAAAAGCGGCUUAAGUCAAGUUAAUAUUUUCGUUUUAAUGACAUAACCUAAAUAAACUAUAAAUGCGAA